CCUGCCGCUGGGGCUGCCGCCGUGGCAUGGGCGCCGCGGGCCUGCUCUGGGUUUUCUUGGCUCUCGUCACGCCAGGGGUCCUCGGUCAGUGUAAGUUGCUGCCAAGGUAUCCUUUUGCUAAGUCUAAAUUUCAGAGUGAUCAGUCUGAGUUUGCUGUUGGGACAACUUGGGAAUAUGAAUGCCUUCCUGGGUAUUCCAAAGGGUCGUUCGUUAUCACCUGUCUAGAGACCUCCAAGUGGUCAGAUGCUCAGCAACCCUGUAAACGUAAAUCAUGUGUUAGUCCUGGAGAACUCCUCUAUGGCUCUGUUUCCAUACCCAUGGGUAUGGAGUUUGGGUCAACAAUUACAUAUUCUUGUGAUAAAGGGUAUCGACUCAUUGGUUACUCAUCUGCCAAAUGUAUUAUCUCAGGCAAUACUGUAAUCUGGGAUAAGGACAUGCCUCUUUGUGACUCUAUUCUUUGUGAGUCACCCCCAGCCAUCUCUAAUGGGACCUUUAUUAGCAGCAGUGGAGAUAAUUUUUACUAUGGAUUGGUGGUGACUUAUAAAUGCCAUGUUGGAAAGAAUGGGGAAAAGCUGUUUGACCUUGUGGGUGAGAAGUCAAUAUAUUGCACCAGCAAAGACAAUCGAGUUGGCAUCUGGAGCAGCCCUCCUCCUCAGUGUAUUGAUAUAGUCAAAUGCCCAACUCCAGAAGUUGAAAAUGGGAUUAUGGAAUCUGGAUAUAGACGUUCAUUUUUCUUAAAUGAUACUGUGAUGUUUAAGUGUAAGCCUGGCUUUACCAUGAAAGGCAGCAACAAGAUAUGGUGCCAACCAAACAAUAAAUGGAAUCCUCCACUGCCAAGGUGCUUCAAGGGGUGUCUACCACCUCCACAUAUCCACCAUGGUUCUUAUAAUCUAAUGCAUAAGGAAUCUUUUGCAAUUGGACAGGAAGUGUCCUACAGCUGUGAGGCUGGCUACACUCUUCUUGGAGCUAACCCUAUACAGUGCACAUCCUUGGGGACCUGGAGUCAUACUGCCCUCAAAUGUGAAGUGAAAUCAUGUGACGCCAUUCCAAACCACCUUCUCAACGGCCAUGUGGUGGCUCCUCCUAAUCUCCAGCUUGGGGCAAAGGUUUCCUUUGUUUGUGAUGAGGGGUACCGGUUAAAUGGCAAAUCUUCUAGUCUGUGUGUCUCAGAAGGAAUGAGAGUACUCUGGAAUAAUAAGUUUCCUGUCUGUGAACGGAUUUCUUGUGACCCUCCUCCUUCUAUCAGUAAUGGCCGACCUAGUUACUAUUCUGAACCUGUACCUCUUAAAACAGUGGUGAGGUACAGUUGCUCCGUUAACUUCCGCAUCAUUGGAGAAAAGACUCUGUUUUGUACAACUAAAGACCACGUGAGAGGAAUCUGGGAUAAAGCUCCUCCCAAAUGUGAACAUUUCAACAGAUUUAUUUCUUGCCCUGAGCCCAGAGUAGCAGGGGGACACAAAGAUAAAAUAUCUAGACCACCAUACAGACACGGUGAUGCUGUGACAUUUACCUGUAAUGCCAACUUCACCAUGAAAGGAAACAAGACCGUUUGGUGCCAAGCAAAUAGAGAAUGGGGGCCGACACCAGUGCCAAUCUGUGAGAGCGAUUUCCCACUGGAGUGUCCACUACCUCCCAUGAUCCCCAAUGGACAUCACACAGGAAAGAAUGUUGACCUCUUUGUCCCUGGAUUAUUUGUGACUUACAGCUGUAAAUCUGGUUACUUGCUUGUUGGAAAAAAGACCAUUCGUUGUUUGUCUUCAGGAGUCUGGAGUGAUGACAUUCCAAAAUGUGAAGAGGCACAGUGUGAACCUCCAGGACAACUUCUCAAUGGGAAGACAGAGGGGCCUCCAAGUCGUCGGGUUGGUCAAACUGUGAACUUUUCCUGUAAUGAAGGGUAUCAGUUACAAGGCCAACCUUCUAGUCGGUGUGUAAUUGUUGAACAGAAAGCUUUAUGGACCAGGAUGCCAGUAUGUAAAGAAAUUCUUUGCUCACCACCUCCUGAUAUUCUCAAUGGAAGACAUUCAGGCAACACUUCAGCGAAUGUUCCAUAUGGAAGCACAGUCACUUACACUUGUGACCCGGGCCCAGAGAAAGGAGUGGAUUUCAUCCUGAUUGGGGAGAACACUAUCCGUUGUACCACUGAUAGUCAGAAGACUGGGACCUGGAGUGGCCCUGCCCCACGAUGCGAACUUUCCAGUCAAUGCAAAGUCCCAGCGUAUUUUCCAUCUUCCAUGCCUACAAAAGCGACUGAUCAGGAAGAGUUUCCCAUUGGAACAUCUUUGCAGUAUCAAUGCCGCCCUGGUUACCAAAAGAGACAUUUCUCGAUCAGAUGCCAAACAAACUCGGUCUGGUCAAGGCCUAAAGACUGUAUUCGCAAGUCAUGUAGAGCUCCUCCAGACGUAAUAAACGGCAAAGUGGAAAUAGAUGGAGACACCACGUUUGGAUCACGUAUUACUUAUUCUUGUGAUGAAGGAUACCGACUCGAUGGUGAAUCCACUAUUACAUGCAUCAUCAAGGACGACACUGUCACCUGGGAUAAUAAAGUACCUGUUUGUCAGAGUAUCCUUUGUCAGCCACCCCCAGCCAUCUCCAAUGGAGACUCCGAUAGCUUUGGCAGAGACUCUUUCUCAUAUGGAAUGGUGGUGACCUAUCGCUGCAAACCUGGAAAGAGAGGGGAAAAGCUCUAUGACCUUGUGGGUGAGGCACAAAUACAUUGCACCAGCAAAGAUGAAGACGGCGUCUGGAGCGGCCCUCCCCCUCAGUGCAUUCCACCUAAUAAAUGCAUGCUUCCGGACCUUGGAAAUGGAAUAAGGGUGUCUGAGGACAGAAGCUUGUACUCCUUAAAUGAAAUCGUGAGGUUCAGUUGUCAGCCUGGCUUUGUCAUGGAAGGGUCCUCCAGUGUGCGAUGCCAGGCCCAGCACAGAUGGGAGCCGGAGCUGCCCCGCUGCAACCGGGUUUGUCAGCCGCCUCCAGAAAUCCUGCAUGGUAAGCACACCCUAAGCCAUAAGGACAGCUUUUCCCCCGGGCAGGAAGUGCUCUACAGCUGUGAGUCCGGCUAUGACCUCAGAGGGGCUGCCUCUCUGCGCUGUACGCCCCGGGGAGACUGGAGCCCAGCAGCCCCCAGAUGUGCAGUGAAAUCUUGUGGUGACUUCCAGGACCAACUUCCUAAUGGCCGAGUGCUCUAUCCAUUUAAUCUCGAGCUUGGGGCAAAAGCAUCCUUCAUUUGUGAUGAGGGAUUCCAACUAAGAGGCCACUCUGCUAGUCAUUGUGUCUUGGUUGGGAAGGAAAGCCUCUGGAACAGCAGUGUCCCUGUGUGUGAACGAAUCUUAUGUCCAAAUCCUCCAGAGAUCCUUAAUGGAAGACACACAGGAAAACCUCUGGAUACCUUUCCUUUUGGAAAAGAAGUAACUUACACAUGUGACUCCCACCCAGACAGAGGGAUGAAUUUCAGCCUCCUUGGGGAGAGCACCAUCCGCUGCACAAAUGAUAGUGAAGGGAACGGGGUUUGGAGUAGCCCUGCCCCUCGCUGUGGACGCCCAGGUUACUGUAAGGCUCCAGAUCAUUUUCAGUAUGCUAAGUUGAAAAUCCAAGCCAAUGAAUCUGAGUUUCCUGUUGGGACAUCUUUAACGUAUGAAUGCCGUCCUGAGUACUACAGGACCUCAUUCUCUAUCAGGUGUCAAGACAACCUGGAGUGGUCAGAUGUCAAGACUGUCUGUAAACGUAAAAAGUGUACACCUCCUGCAGAUCCUAAGAAUGGCAUGGUGCUCAUAGACACAGACACUGAGUUUGGAUCCAGAAUUAAUUAUUCUUGUAACAUAGGAUAUCGACUCAUUGGUCACUCAUCUGCCAAAUGUAUCAUCUUACACAAUACUGCCAUUUGGGAUAUAGAGGCACCACUCUGUGAACAUAUUUUUUGUCAGCCACCCCCAGCCAUCUCCAAUGGAGACUUCUAUAGCUCCGGCAGAGAAUAUUUUUCAUAUGGAAUGGUGGUGACGUAUCGCUGCAAACCUGGAAAGAGAGGGGAAAAGCUGUAUGACCUCGUGGGCGAGGCACAAAUACAUUGCACCAGCAAAGAUAAAGGUGGCGUCUGGAGCAGCCCUCCCCCUCAGUGCAUUCCACCUAAUAAAUGCAUGCUUCCGGACCUUGGAAAUGGAAUAAGGGUGUCUGAGAACAGAAGCUUGUACUCCUUAAAUGAAAUCGUGAGGUUCAGGUGUCAGCCUGGCUUUGUCAUGGAAGGGUCCUCCAGUGUGCAAUGCCAGGCCCAGCACAGAUGGGAGCCGGAGCUGCCCCGCUGCAACCGGGUAUGUCCUCCACCUCCAGAAAUCCUGCAUGGUAAGCACACCCUAAGCCAUAAGGACAGCUUUUCCCCCGGGCAGGAAGUGCUCUACAGCUGUGAGUCCGGCUAUGACCUCAGAGGGGCUGCCUCUCUGCGCUGUACGCCCCAGGGAGACUGGAGCCCAGCAGCCCCCAGAUGUGCAGUGAAAUCAUGUGGUGAUUUCCAGGACCAACUUCCUAAUGGCCGUGUGCUCUUUCCACAUAAUCUCGAGCUUGGAGCAAAAGUGUCCUUCGUGUGUGAUGAGGGGUUUCAUUUAAAGGGAAGUUCUACUAGUUACUGUGUCCUGAUUGGAAUGGAAAGCCUUUGGAGUAACACCGCUCCUGUGUGUGAACAAAUUUUUUGUACAAAUCCUCCUUCUAUCCUUAAUGGAAACCACACAGGAACUUCUAUGAGAGACAUUCCCUAUGGAAAAGAAAUAUCUUAUACAUGUGACCCCCACCCAGACAGAGGAAUGACCUUCAAUCUCAUUGGGGAGAGCACCAUCCGCUGCACAAGUGACAGUCAAGGGAACGGGAUUUGGAGUGGUCCUGCCCCUCACUGUGAACUUUCUGUUCCUCUUGGUUACUGUAAAGCUCCAGAACAAUUUCUAUUUGCCAAGUCUACAACCCUAACUGAUGAGUCUGAGUUUCCAGUUGGAACAUCUUUGAACUACAGAUGCUCCCCUGGGUAUUUUGAGAGAACAUUCUCUAUCACCUGCUUAGAACAUUUGGUCUGGUCAAGUGCCGAAGAUAUCUGUAAACGAAAAUCAUGUGGAACUCCACAAGAACCCAUCAAUGGCAUGGUGCAUAUAAACACAGAUACCCAUUUUGGAUCAUCAGUUAAUUAUUCUUGUAAUGAAGGGUAUCAACUCAUUGGCUCUCCAUUUGCUGUUUGUCACCUCUCAGGCAAUAAUAGUGUCACUUGGGAUAAGAAGGCACCUGUUUGUGCGUUGAAAUCAUGUGGUGACUUCCAGGACCAACUUCCUCAUGGCCGUGUGCUCUUUCCACAUAAUCUCAAGCUUGGGGCAAAAAUGUCCUUCAUUUGUAAUGAGGGUUUUCGAUUAAAAGGCAGCUCUGCUAGUCAUUGUGUCUUGGUCGGAAUGAAAAGCCUUUGGAACAGCAGUGUCCCCGUGUGUGAACAAAUCUUUUGUACAGAUCCUCCAGUUAUCCUUAAUGGGAACCACACAGGAACUUCUCUGAGAGAUAUUCCCUAUGGAAAAGAAAUAUCUUAUACAUGUGACUCCCACCCAAACAGAGGGCUGACCUUCAAUCUCAUUGGGGAGAGCACCAUCCGCUGCACAAGUGACAGUCAAGGGAACGGGAUUUGGAGUGGUCCUGCCCCUCACUGUGAACUUUCUGUUCCUCUUGGUUACUGUAAAGCUCCAGAACAAUUUCUAUUUGCCAAGUCUACAACCCUAACUGAUGAGUCUGAGUUUCCAGUUGGAACAUCUUUGAACUACAAAUGCUCCCCUGGGUAUUUUGAGAGAACAUUCUCUAUCACCUGCUUAGAAAAUUUGGUCUGGUCAAGUGCCGAAGAUAUCUGUAAAAGAAAAUCAUGUGGAACUCCACAAGAACCCAUCAAUGGCAUGGUGCAUAUAAACACAGAUACCCAUUUUGGAUCAUCAGUUAAUUAUUCUUGUAAUGAAGGGUAUCAACUCAUUGGCUCUCCAUUUGCUGUUUGUCACCUCUCAGGCAAUAAUAGUGUCACUUGGGAUAAGAAGGCACCUGUUUGUGAGUUGAAAUCAUGUGGUGACUUCCAGGACCAACUUCCGCAUGGCCGUGUGCUCUUUCCACAUAAUCUCAAGCUUGGGGCAAAAGUGUCCUUCGUUUGUAAUGAGGGUUUUCGAUUAAAAGGCAGCUCUGCUAGUCAUUGUGUCUUGGUCGGAAUGAAAAGCCUUUGGAACAGCAGUGUCCCCGUGUGUGAACAAAUCUUUUGUACAGAUCCUCCAGUUAUCCUUAAUGGGAACCACACAGGAACUUCUCUGAGAGAUAUUCCCUAUGGAAAAGAAAUAUCUUAUACAUGUGACUCCCACCCAAACAGAGGGCUGACCUUCGAUCUCAUUGGGGAGAGCACCAUCCGCUGCACAAGUGACAGUCAAGGGAACGGGAUUUGGAGUGGUCCUGCCCCUCACUGUGAACUUUCUAGUCCUUCUGCAUGUCCACCUCCACCCAAGAUUCACAACGGGCAUCACACUGGAAGACAUGUAUCUCCAUAUCUUCCUGGGGUGUCAGUCAGCUACACUUGUGACCCUGGCUACCUGUUAGUGGGGAAAGCCUUCAUCUUCUGUACACACGAGGGAACCUGGAGCCAAUCUGACCAUUACUGCAAAGAGGUAAAAUGUAGCCUCCCACAGGUUUUGAAUGGAAUCAUGAAGGAGUUGGAAAUGAGCAAAGAAUUUCAAUAUAGAGAUAAUGUAACUUUGGAGUGUAAAGAUGGAUAUACUCUGGAAGGCAGUCCCUGGAGCCAGUGCCAGGCGAAUAACACGUGGAACCCUCCCCUGGCCACAUGUAUAUCCCGCUCACAUAAUACUCUCAUUAUUGGCACAUCCUUUGGUGUGGUCUUCUUUAUUGUAUCCAUGAUUGUUUCCUGUUGGAUGAUUCUGAAGUGCAAAAAAAGCAGGAAUACAGAUGAAAAACCUAAAGAAGUGAAUAUGUAUUUAUAUCCCCAAAAAGUCAGCUGUGACCAUGCUCAAUGUCUGCAAACAAAUGAGGAACAUAGCAGGUACCUAACACACAAAUCAAGUUAAAAAUGUUUUCAAUAACACAAGUAUCAAAAAUGGAAACAGGACUUAAAUAUGAUA